UCUCUUGCACCUUCGUGCUCUGCGUUAUCUGUCAGACUGCCACUUCCUUUCUUGGAUAUAUAACAAAUAAAAAUACAGAAAAUAUAACCCUCGGGCACAAAGCCAUAUCCCCUAUCUUCCUUAAUCCUUCACCGUGUCUCUGUGUCCGCGUGUGUUUUUAUGGCGAUGGCAAUGCACGCGAAGUCAGACUCGGAGGUGACGAGCGUGGACCAGGGUUUGUCACCGCCGCGCUCUCCUCGGAGGCCCGUCUACUUCGUGCAGAGUCCCUCGAACCACGACGUCGAAAAAAUGUCUUACGGUUCGAGCCCCAUGGGCUCCCCCCACCACUACUACCACUGCUCGCCGAUCCACCACUCUCGCGAGUCCUCCACCUCGCGGUUCUCCGCGUCCCUCAAGAACCCCAGAAACCCAUCCGCCUGGAAGAAGAUACAGAAAGAGCCACAGUCUGACGACGACUGCGACGAUGACGACCACGAAGGUGGAGUCUUCGAGGGUCCGUGCCGCAGAGUGAGGCUGUACUUCUUCUUCGUUUUUCUCUUCCUGCUGCUUUUCACGAUCUUCUCAUUGAUUCUGUGGGGUGCGAGCAAGAGUUACGAGCCUAAAGUAUUCGUUAAGAACCUAGUUUUCGAGAACUUCAACAUACAGGCGGGGAAUGAUCACUCAGGGGUACCAACAGAUAUGCUCUCGUUGAAUUCGACGGUCAAACUCUUGUACAGAAAUCCAGCCACGUUCUUCGGCGUCCAUGUCACGGCCACCCCUUUCGAACUUCACUAUUACCGGCUCCAACUUGCCUCGGGAGAGUAUGGUCCUUCAGAAGGUCUUCUUGGAGUGGGGUCAGACUGUUCUUGGUUUUGUCAUGUUGGGAGGUGGGACGCAGCAGAAGAAAUUGAAUUUGAUUGGUACUUUCUUUAUUAUAUUGCCUGAAAAAGCCUGUUUCAAGGCUGCACGAAGCAGAGCCCCAGCCCAGCUGUUUAUCAAAAGAGCACCAGGGUUAGGGUCCAUUAUGUUGUAUUUACUUGGCUUGUCCUUUAGGGUCUCGUGUUCUUGCCCCCUUGGAAACUUCCUGCGUUUGUCCGCGUGGAAAAUCAAUGGUCAUUUAAUCCAUGAUGGAAACUGAUGUAGACUAGAACGGUUGGAAGUUGAGUCCUACUUCAGCGAAUAAAAAGUAAAAUCCAGAUGAAGAAAGCAUCUUGCCAUGUAAGAGAGGAAAGGUUUAGAAGUUUAAACGAGGGGUCAUAAUCGCGCUAAAAGCUAUUUAUGAACAAGUAUCGAUUCAACUCAUCUCUAUCGGCAGUCCUUAUUCCCUGAUAAUUAUUAGGGCUCAUGUCUUCAUUACCCUCUCUAAUAACAUAGUGUUUCCAUAAGGAUAUACUGGACAUGCUGUUGGUUCGCUCUAUUCCCUAUUAAUAAUGUUUUCAUUUUUUUUUUUUUUGGGGUGACGGAUCGAUGAAAUAGAUGAAAAAGUUCUAUCAGCCAAGGAAGAGUCAGCGAGCCGCAGUGACGGUGGUUCUAGGGCAUCAAGUGCCACUCUAUGGUGGGAUUUCGGCAAUCCCAAG